AUGUCUACCUACAACGGAGCCUGCCACUGUGGUGCCACUGAGUGGACCGCCUCCCUCGACAAGGACACCUCGUCUCACAUUCUUUGCCACUGCAACACCUGCAAGAUUCUCUCCGGCGGUGCCUACACCCUGAACCAGAUCGUCCCCAAGGACUCCUUGAAGAUCACAAAGGGCGGCGACAGCCUCAAGAACUACACCUACAAGGGUGACUCUGGCAACCCCGUCCACUGCUACUACUGCCCCAACUGCACUACCCACGUCUACCACCACCAGACCGCUCUUGGCGACGACAAGAUCAUCCUGCGCACAGGUCUUCUCUCCGAGGGUCGCAAGAACUUUGGCCCUGCUGCUGAGAUCUACGGCAAGGACCGCUUCUCGUGGGAGAAGGAGGUUGCCAACACCUUCGAGGUUCUGCCUCCUCAGUAA